GACCACCACUAAUAAAAUUAUCUUUAAAAUACAGAAGAAAAAUCUGUAAUAAAUAACAGAAAACCGAAGACAAUUGCAAGAAUAACAAUGCGACGAGAAACAAGAUUAGUUACGUGUUAAAUAGAAAAAUUAGUAAACGCAAAAUCACACUUUAAGUUUAUAAAAAUAAAAUUAAAAGAACACAUUACAAUAAAAGUCGAACUCAUCUCUAAUUAAUACCCAAAAUAACAAUACAACAAAAGUUUUUUAAAGUAAUUGCCUUGGUUAUAGAAAACCAAUAAUAAUGCCCAAUUCAUCGACGGACUUAAAAGAUAGACAGUCAAGUCCAAAUACUCAUGAUGACGAUGGCCAGAUCAAAACACAAUAUUCUUCUUUCAGUGAUUUAUGUGAAUUGAAGCAAACAAAAAACGCAGUGGGGGACGCUGUUUUUGGAUUUGGAGCCUUGCCUAGCACUGAAAGCCUGAUAAAACCAUGUAGGAUAUAUAAUAGUAGCAGCCAAGAUAUUAACAACCCAUCGUCGGAAGAAUACACUGCCAAAAAAAUACCUUCCACAUUAUCAGAGCUACUUUUACGACAGCCUCAACAAUUCUGGCCAACUUUACAACAAGAAACAAUUGUUUGUCCAGAGGAUGAGAUGCUUCGCAAUCGAAGCGAAUUAUUUUCCUGCAUAUACAAUCAACAGAAAUGCUCCGAUCAGCAAAUUUUGGCCACCCAACUCUUCUAUGCUCGAUUAUUCCAGCCACACCAGUUACCCGAAACGGAUAAAAUGGAUAAAAUGAAUAAAUCCUUUCCGGGUUUCACAAAGAAAACAAUAAUACGACAAGAAGAUUUACCGCCGACACCAUCUUCUCAAGAUAAUAAUAAUAAUAACGAGUUACCCACUGGAGAUGGAGACGAAAGCAGCUUAAGAUAUGAAGAUCAACCUCUUUUUGAUAAUAGAACUGAAAGGAACUUGCUAGAUCAUAAGGUGCAUAUUGAUCAAAAUGUUAAAUCUUUCAAGGAUAAUAGGUAUGGAGAAUCAUACGACCUACAGUACACUUGCGAGUUUAUUAAGGAACACAAAAACAUACUCAACGAAGUCAAAACUGGACUGGAAAAACUGUCGCUAUUGUCCGGAAAAUUUCAAAAUAAUUUGGGGAACACUAAUGGAAUUGAUCAAAACACUGCAGAUUCAGCUUUAGAGGCAACAGUUCGAAGACAAUUAAAAGACAAUUGCAAGGCAAUUGAUACGAUAUUGGAUCAAGUGAAGCGUUUGUACAAUAAAUGGACCAGCUCGGAGCUAUACUACCUAAGGAGCUUACAACGUUUGGGUCUGUCGUCGUCCGAAGAAGCGAGUCAUACUGCAACGCAUACGAUAAUGGCUUUAGCGGCCAUAGCUUUGUCAGAAGAAAGUGAAGAAAUUAAACCAAUUGAUCUUAAAAAAAACGAUAGUAAACCCAAAACACUAAAUGAAAUCGAGGAUAUUAUAUUAAAACUAGCGUCAGCGAUAAACACGCAUAGUUUUUAUGGUAAAAGCGAUGGCGAAGACUUAACCUCACCCAAUUGCAUUUGGCAUACAAAAAAAAAAAACUUCUCUUCUAACAAUAAUAAGGAAGAUGUUAAGAAUUGUACAACAGCAGCGGAAAUUAUUUUAGAAUACGCUUCGUUGUCUUCUUCAGAAAAUGAUAAUACUAGGAAUUCGCCGCAUAGCUUAUUUAAUAAUACUAACAUUACCGAGCAUCCAGCAUUUUUAAAUGCGAUUUCUUCGCCAUCCUCUACGGCACCUUUAAAUUGUUUCUCAACGGAAAUAAUUUCUGGUAUUUUAGGCUUAAGCCAAAAUCGUAGAAAAAUCAAACCAACAGAUGCAAUUAAGCUAAAUAAUUUAAAGACAACAAUAAAUAGCGAUCAAUAUUUAUCUAACGCCAAAACAAUAGAUAAACUUUCUGCAAUUAUCAAACCCAAAUCAUCAGUAAGAGAAAGCUGUACCAACAAUAUGUUUAAACAUGUUGUCGGAUCCAGUCCAAACGAAGCUGAAAUAUUGAUAGAUGCUCCGUUUGAUCUAAGUACCAAGUAUCAUGGAACAAAGCUAAAGAACAUAAACUUGGAUACAAAAAAUACAUCGAGUAAUCAAUCGAAUGACUCUUCGAAAGAUAUAUCAAAUGAUAAGAAAAAGCCGCAUAUCAAGAAGCCAUUAAAUGCCUUCAUGCUGUAUAUGAAGGAGAUGAGAGCCAAAGUGGUGGCCGAAUGUACACUUAAAGAAUCAGCGGCGAUUAAUCAGAUAUUAGGGCGUCGGUGGCACGAACUAUCCCGCGAAGAGCAGAGCAAAUAUUACGAAAAAGCUCGACAAGAGCGACAAUUGCAUAUGGAAUUAUAUCCGGGGUGGAGCGCUCGGGAUAACUACGGUUAUGUCUCGAAAAAGAAAAAGCGUAAAAAAGACAGAUCGACCACGGAUUCGGGAGGGAAUAAUAUGAAGAAAUGUCGAGCUCGUUUUGGAUUGGACCAACAAAAUCAAUGGUGCAAGCCCUGCAGGCGCAAGAAGAAAUGCAUUCGUUAUAUGGAGGCAAUGAAUGGAAAUGGAGGAAUUUUGGAAGAUGGAAGCGGCAUGGAUGAUCAUGGAAGCGACGACGAUGACGACGAUGAGGACGAUGAUGAUGUCAAGCUUAAUGGAAGCUGUGGAAGCGUCGAUGCAGACGAAACUGCGAAUAAAAUAGAUGAUGAUGCGGAAUCCUUGGAUCAUGGAUCUAUGUCCAGUUUUGCCCAGAGUCCAUCGACCACCACUACGAGCCUAGCAAGUCCUUUAAAUAUGAUUAAUUUUAUUAAUCCAACGACGCCAAAUCCAGCUGCUCUAUUGAUCAAUUGUAGUGCUACAGAGCAGCAGCAGCAACAACGUUCGACAUCAGUUUCUACAACGUCUACAUCGGUAUCAGCCUCGAGUGGUAGUGGCGGGACAACCCCGAGUACCUCAAGUACAGUUUCGCCCGUAACAACUGGUAUGCCAGGGAUUAACAGCAGUAUUCCGGGAGCUAACUGUAUUCCAGGAGCAAGCGGGACUUCCUCAUCUCAAACUAUGUUGCUGGGCAAUCGUUUUAGUCACCUGGGAAUGGGGUUAAGUCCCGUUUUUACCACAACAUCAACCGCAGGUACAGGUUUAACUACUAAUAAGCUAGAACCGUUCUUUGGUAAUAAUAUUAGCUUAAAUAAUUUAAACAAUUCUCAAAUUCCAAUUCCCGUAAUGCCAAACAUUAUACGAAAUCCAAUUGGUGCUAAUCCGCGAGACAUUAACAAUCCCCUGAGCAUUAAUCAAUUGACAAAUCAUCAUCAGCCAUCUUCGCUGUUAAAGAGCAGCUUUAGUCAACAUUUACACCAACAACAACAGUUGUUAAAUGUUACCCAUAUGACGACAACGUCUGCAGUAAAUAACAAAAAUAAAGUGGUAGUGGCUAGUAGUAAUAGAAAUGAUGCAACGACAACGGCAAUGAUGUCUAUAAGUUCCCAUCAUGCUGAAAAAACCAGCGCUGCUGAAUGUCAUAGUAAUCAUGAAAAAAACACUGAUCAUCAUCAGCAAUCAAAUGCUUCCGGCAAGACUCCAUCAAGCGCCGGCGCUACAGAAACUGGAGCCAUCAGCGUUUCAUAACAGACACAGAGAAGAAUCUUUAGCAGAGGAAACCCAAAUACGUUUAUGUACAGGGUUCAAUUGUUUUCGCUGUUUAGAGCCUGUUCUCGGACAUUGCUCUAUAAAGUAAUAGGUGUCCCAUAUAUUAGACACCUACAUAUGUGCGUGCCAAUGUUGUUUUCUAGACUGUCCAGAGUAAUAUUAUUAUAAUAUUAGGUGGUCUCAUCAGCUUUGUAAGAACGAUAAGCACUUGCUGCAACAGCAAAAUAGAGCAGCUCUCGCGAUGAGCCCACCUUAUACUAUAGAAGAAUCGUGGUCCAGAGCAGUCGCCUUUUAGUUUUACACUAGCAUGCUCCGAGAGUAUUCGGUUAAAAAAUCUAAGCAAAUGACCCUACCACAACUUUUUUUGUGACAGAUCGUCAGAUUUAUAUGGAACAACUAAUUGCAACUAUUUGAGAACUGUAUAAACACCAUUAUGUGCAAUAAUCCUCCUUUACACAACUAUCCCAUCGCCAUUCUUCCGUAAACAAAAGUGGCCAUUAAAUAAAUACUACUUAGUGCCAACAAGAAACAAUAUUACUUCUUUUAAAAUUAAUUUUAAAUUUAAAAGGUAUCGAUUUUCACAAAACCAGUAAAAACAGCUCUGUCGAAGGCCAAACAAAGACUUAUUGAUUUCUUUCCCUAAUAUAUAUGUAUAUAUAUAUAUA